AGGCUCUCGUUUCCGGUUUGCUCGGGGGAGAUAGCGGACGGGCGGUCGAAGAAAUUACUAAUGUAUUUGUGUAAAAUCGAGGUAUAAGAGAUAAGGAAAGCAAUAUUUCAGAGGCACCGAGGCGCAUAUUUAGAAGACGAAAAUGGUAAGUGUAUUUAAAAGUUGACAUUGUAAAUUAUGACUGUGUUAGUUGUAACGUUUCACUGUUAGCUUGUAGCAGGAUAACCUCUCCAUUCAGAUAGUAGAUAACGUUAGCUAAGCUGUCAUAGCAGACAAGGCCGCAGUUAUGAAGUCAUGAUAUUUAACCACUACCAGCAUUAUAAAUCCAGUAACGUUUGGCACAUAUAUUAUUAAUUCAUAAAACAUUUUUAGCAAAGUUCUGGUCUGAUUAUGUUGCAAAACAAACGGGUGUGGUUCCGUGAACAAAUGUCCUGAUCAUAGUUCAUCAUGAUGAAAGGUUGAUCAAGUAACGAGUUCAGCAAUGACAUCUGAUUUAUUCAUUUGUUUAUUUUUUUUCCCUCGUAGAUUCGCUUCAUCCUCAUCCAGAACCGGGCUGGGAAGACACGACUGGCCAAGUGGUACAUGCAGUUUGAUGAUGAUGAGAAGCAGAAGUUGAUUGAGGAAGUGCACGCUGUGGUAACUGUCAGAGAUGCAAAGCACACCAACUUUGUGGAGGUAUGGGAUCAGAGUCUGUCAUGUUUAUGCAAACAGAUUUGUCAAGCUGUUGUAUCCUGAAAACAAGUUCGUUGAAUUCAAAAGAAGUCGGCUAAGUACAGACAACAAAGUCUUGCUCUGUCCGUUUUUUUUCCCACCAUGCAGUUGUGUUAUAGUUGAGGUUUUAGUAACUGUUUCAAAGGCUCAGAGAGAGAAACUGACCUCCAAACUCCACAAAAUAGGACCUAACCCCAGCCAAGAAGCACAAAAUCUCUGAACUUCAAAACUUAUGCUAGGGGGGUCACUAAAACCUUUACCACCUUAAAAACAUUGCAAAAGUAUGACUGUUUCUCUCUCUAAGCCAGACAGAGAGAGUAAGUCAUGCUUUUAUAACCAGCAGGCUCUACUACUGUAGUGCUCUCCUCUCUGGUCUACCCAAAAGCACAAUAAACCAGCUACAGCUGAUCCAACACUCUGCUGUUAGAGUAUUGACUAGGACCAGGGGUGUUUGCACUAGGGCCCGACCGAUUUGGAUUUUCUGGGGCCGAUGCCGAUAACGAUUAUUAGAGGGGAAAAAAGUCUGAUUACCUAUUAACACCACCACCCGCGCCGAUCGGUGCCUCUGUUACACAGUUCCGGCCUGGUCUCUUCUGGAGACAUGCAGCUGCCUCAGUAAGAGAAGUAGCUUGAUCACGUAAUGUGUGCUGUUGUUUAUUCUACUGUUGUUUAUUCUACGUUACUGGCACGCUAACAGUGUAGCAAGGCUAAUAGCAGAUGGCUAACUUUAACUUUAGCUUGCAUAUUACAUGGUGCUUCACCAUUUACUCAGUGUGACCGAGACCAACACAGCACAUGAAUAGCACAUAUCGGCGAAAAUUGGCGGGUUUUGGCCGAUUACCAAUUAGUCUCAAACGGGCUAAAAUUGGCCGAUUUAAUCGGCUUGCCGAUAAAUGGUCGCCAUACUUUGCACUGGCUGUCCUUCAGUUAUUUAUAAAGCACCUUAAAAAGACAGCAGUCAAACAAAGUGCUGUACAUGGGAUAAAUAAAAGAAGUAAAUAAAUAGAUAGAUAAUAAUGAAAACAAAAAUUAAAAACAGUAAAAUAAAAUACAAACAGUAAAAGAAUAAAAGCUACAGUGCCUCUGAAAGCAUUAUUUUAAUUACUAUUUAAUUUAUUUAUUGUAGUAGUCACUUUUUACCUAAUUUUAUUAAUAAAUUCAAGUUUAUAUUUCAUUGUCUGUAUUAGUCUAUUUUAAUAACUUUUUUUCUUGUCCUAAUGUAAAGCACUUGGAGCUGAAAUUUCAUUUGUAUGAACGGUGCUGUAUAAAUAAACUUUGAUUUAUUGAUUGAUUGAUUGAUUGAAACUUGUUGUGAUAAUAUGCAAAAGAAAGCUGUAAUGAGGCCUCAUUUGUGUUUGAUCCUCAGUUCAGGAACUUCAAGAUCAUUUACAGGCGAUACGCUGGUCUAUACUUCUGCAUUUGUGUGGAUGUGACUGAUAACAACUUGGCAUACCUCGAGGGAAUACACAACUUUGUAGAGGUAACUCACACACACACACAGAGCACAUGAUAUAUGGAGUCAGUAAGUGAGCUGGGAUGAUUUACUUUUCACGGUCUGAGUGUUUUUGGGAAUGUCUGUCAAUGAUUUCCUUCAAAAAUUCCCCUCCAGUGCUGAAACUUCACGUGAAAAGUUCAGACUGCUGCCAAACAUUUGUUGGAAGAGAUUAGUGGUUAUUCAGUGUUCCUGCUUAUGGGUAACAUUACUAAUAAGAUAUUCUCAACACUUCUUGUAUGUCUUCACAAUGGUGUCUCAAUCACAUCAUCAAGUAUUAGGUCAGGUUCUCUCUUCAAAAGAAUUUAGGUCAGCAGAUUGUCGCUGAGAAAAUAAAUGAGUCAGCAUGAUAGUCUAGUAGUUAAGCACGGAUUCCAAAACAUACCACACGAAGUUCAUAUGAAAAUAACACAAAUUUUCCAUCCGUCAAGUCUGAGAUAUGUUUUUAUUGACUUUUAUCAGUGGAAUAUGCUGGAAGUACGUCUUUAUAUCAGUAAUCAGUCACAAAUUGAUAACUAAUUACCAGCAGAAUCUGAUAGCAGCUUUAAGCACCAUCUCUGUAAGGACAUUUGAAUAGAUACUGUUAACCAGUCAGUAAAAAAUUGGAUAUAGCAGAGACAUAAGACAACAAUAGAUUUUACUUCUAAUGGUUGAACUAUGUGGUGGCGCGUCUUCAUUAAUUCAAUAUAAUACAUUUUCGUUUACAUUUUGAGCUUUAUUUAUCAAAAAGUUUUAAUAGAACCUGUGAAGUUGAAGUUCACUUUUUAGCGAAUAACAGAGUCAUUUUAUUUCAAUUAGUCUUCAGGAGUAAAGGUCAUUUCAUGUAAUGUUUGACCAUGAAGGAGUGCUUGUUAAUUGCUGCUUGUUUGUUACCUUAUUUUCAAAAGGAGAUGAUUAGUUAAAAGCAGACUAUUCUCUGUAGUCAAAGACUUAAAACUCCUAUUAGUUUAAGUCAAUCUAAGUUACAAGGCCAGGCCAACAUGGCGCUUGUUUCAAUAUUCACUGGAGCAAAUCCUUGACAAAGGGUCAGUAAUUCUGCCGUUGUAAAUGUCACUAUACUGCUGCUGUAAACGGUCUCGUGUGGAAACAAGAUGAGAGGAGAAGCACAUUAAUUUUAAUUUGGCAUUUUAAGAUGAAUAGCCUUGUAGUGGAAAUCAGCUUAUUACAUGGUUGUUAAGAUGAUCCUGCAGCUGCUGCAGUUCCAGUUUAUUUCUGCUGUCGUGCACCACAUCAAGACGUACAAUUACCAUACAUCUUUGUGUCCUCUCAAAGGAAUAGAUUUGGUUAUCUGCUGGCUGUAAUUUGAAUUUCAUAUUGUUCCUCUCUUUUUUUAAAGGUGCUGAAUGAGUAUUUCCACAACGUGUGUGAAUUGGACCUUGUAUUCAACUUUUACAAGGUAAGAACUUUUCAUUCUAUUUUUGCCUCAGGACGGCGUUAUGUGAUUUUAUUUUAUGCAUUUUAAUCAGCCAGAAGAAACGGAGAAGUACAAAAACAUAAGAUAAAAACUUAAUUUCAUUUCAAUUGAUAUUGCUUUUUAAACGUUGGCAGUCAAUAUAUGUAUACUUCAAAAACAAAUACAUCCCUCCAACAAAACCCCACCCAAGUUUGAUGUCUGAAAAUGACCAGGAACCAAAAUUUUAACCACCUUGUUUGGAACUUCCUGUUUCAUUACAACUGCCCUCCCAUGACUGCUCUCAGGGCGAAACUAUUUCACAAGCUCAGUUCGCCCACUUCUCUCAGGUGUCUGAGAAGAAACACUGAUUCAUCCCUCCACGUCUGUGAUGUUGACACAAGUGAGCUAAAGUUAGACACUUGUUGUAUUUGCUCAUGAGUUAUUUUGGGAUUUUGAUGAUACAGACAGGUGGAAAGAAUGACUAAUGGUGACCGCAGACCAGAUCAUGACUUAGCAUUGUGUCGUGUAGUCUUACAGGAAGCCUGACCCUUUAAUGAUGCACUGGUCUGCGGUAGUUAUGCUCCAUUGUAAUAUAGACCUGCUACAAUCCUCUCAUUUCCUUUCAUCACAAAGUUUUCUUUCUUGCGGGGGUCAGGUGCCCUCCUUUCAGGCUUCACUUUUUUGUGAAAAUAUCAGUAAGGCAUAGCUGUAAAUAAGAAGUAGAGGUGACAGUUUAGCACUUUUUAUAAGAAGGAAUAGCUAAUAGAAAAGUUUUACAUCGUUCCAAUUCGCCAGUUUUGAUAUUGAAUACUCACACUGCUAUAAAGUUUGCAACAACAGCAAAAUAAAGUCAAUGUAAGAAGAUUAAACAAUAAUCGUCAAAUUGGAAGUUUGAGAACCUCUCCUUUGUUUCCUCUCACUUGAAGGUGUACACAGUCGUGGAUGAGAUGUUCCUGGCCGGAGAGAUCAGGGAGACCAGUCAGACCAAGGUCCUCAAGCAGCUCCUCAUGCUGCAGUCACUCGAGUAGUGAAGCGAAAAACCAUCUGACCUACCUGCCAACCUAUCUGUCGCCCUGGCGCUUAAACCCUCCCGCUCAUAUUUCCCUUCUCUUUGGAGAGGACCCCCAGUUGUUUCCCCUCCCUCACAGAGCAGACCUGGCUCUGUACAGGACCUCAGGAGGCUGGGUUUUUAGAAAUAGAAGUAUUGUUUACAUAUGGAUAUAUGAUAUGGAAAUUUAAUGAGUUUGUUCGUCAUUAACAGUCUCUAUAUAAUUGUCGUACUUGAAGGCUGUACAUUUCAACAUGCUAACAUUUCAUAUUCCACCUGAGUUGCAACUCACUUUCCACAAAGCUCGAGGCUGCAGAACGGCUCAUGUAGUAACCAGUACAUCUUUACAUCUGUCUCUGAACAGUGUGGAAACAUCAGUAGCACUGCUCUCUCUCCAGCUCUCUUAUAUCUUCAAACUUUCAUUUUACAGCACUACUGUAACUAACAAGCACCGUGUGUAACGAGAGACCACGUAUAAUGAUCCACGAGCUUUGAGCGCUUACAGCAGCUUUGCAGCCAUCUCUUUAAAUCCCUGUCAAGAAAGACCUCCCCUGUGAUGCGGUAUUAGACCUGUCACGCCUUCUGCUCAUUUAAUAUCUGGAUCAGAGUACAAGCAAACUACAGCUCGAAAGCCCUUCACAGCAAUUGACCCAGCAUGGCAGGUUCAUAAUUGAAUGGAGUGUACUCGGGUUGAGUGCCAUUCUGACGCCGUGUUAUGCCAACCUGUACCGUCAGACGCGCUCACAGCUGUCGGUGAUAAACAGUGGAGAUUACAGCUGCUCUCUUGGCGUUUUAAUUGUUUUCAAUGCAAAUAAUCCACAUCAUAUAGUGGAAACUGUUACAUUAAAUGGUGCUUGUUGGUCACACAUAGAACACUUAAAUCCUAAGUACACUCAGACAGAAAAAGAUUAAUCCAAAUGAAGUUGUGUACUGUGGACUCUGCUCCGUAUGGUGUGUGUGUAAAUACAGUGUAUUUUGCGUGUGUUGAAUGUUGUCAAAAUAACAUCCAUUCCAGAGAGUGAUUCUCAUUGACGAUCUUUUGUCUGAGCAGUAUUGUUUAGUAACAAUCAAGUUCUUCAGCAGUGCGUACAAACUUUAAACUCAAACCCUAACACCUUUAAUCCACUUUCUUUCUUUCAUUUCACUUUGCUGGACGUUAAUCUUUGACAUAAUCGGUCAUAUUCAUAUUCUAACGAGUCGGAAAGGUGUCGAAGGUGGUUCCAAAUGUUACUGUUGUUGAACUUUUGUAUUUGGUUUUUUAAUGAUUUGGCAUUUGUGAAACAUGUUUUGCUUCCCAUAUUGUCCACCUGUGCAUUUGUUGAUGAAAGGUGAAUUUGGAUGUUACUGUCUCAGAUUCAUUUAACCACAAUACAUCCCAUUACAUGUAAAUAAAAAGUAUUAAGUGAUUAAAAAAAGCCACCCUGUCUUUCUCUUAUUGAUAAUUAACUGAACUAUGAAACUUGGGCACUGGAUGUGUCCUAAAGUUGAAGUACUGUUAAACAUCUUCAAUAAAAUGGAAGUAAUCACAAGAA